AUGGCUCUAUCUUUUACAUCAUUUUUUGCAAAAGAUAAAAAAAAUUUUGAACCUGGUACACUUCGUUAUUCUCUUCAUAAACAAGCAUGUGCUUCAUUAAAAUCAGGUCUUGAUUUAAAAGAAAUAGUUAAAUUACCUAAAAAUGAAAAUGAAGAUGAUUGGAUUGCUGUCCAUGUUGUCGAUUUUUAUAAUCGAAUAAAUCUUAUUUAUGGAAUAAUUAAUGAUUAUUGUACUUCAAAAACUUGUCCAACAAUGUCUGGUGGUCCUCGUUAUGAAUAUAGAUGGUGUGAUGGAAUAAAAUAUAAAAAACCAACAUCAUUAAAUGCUCAUGAUUAUAUGACAUUAUUGAUGGAAUGGAUUGAAACGAUAUUAAAUGAUGAAUCAAUCUUUCCUGUACAAACUGGAAUAGGAGGAUUUCCUAAGAAUUUUCGAUCAACUUGUAAAAAAAUUCUUUCACGUUUAUAUCGAGUUUUUGUUCAUGUUUAUGUACAUCAUUUUGAUCAUAUUGUUGAUUUACAAGCCGAACCUCAUAUAAAUAUGUGUUAUAAACAUUUUUGUUAUUUUUGUCGUGAAUUUGAUUUAUUGAAAAAAGAAGAAAUGGCUCCAUUGUAUGAUAUGACUAAUCGAUUAUGUCCAGAAGUAUUUCGAAUUGCUAAAUAA